UUCCAUCAGCAUUUUAUUUUGAAGGAAAGUAUUUUCUCUUCUCUCCGACUUCAAUCGAAUCGUCAUGACUCAUGCCUCGCCUCGUCAACCUAUAUUGGUACCUUUUUCUUUUUUUUUUUUCAUUUUAAAUUUCAACGCUUAAAAACUACUCCAUCAACCUGAGCUUUUGUUUUCUCCAGUUGACUGUCUGAAGUUUGUGGAGAUCUAACGAGUUAGGAAAUCAAUGGAGCCACCCAGAGGUUUUUUGGCUUCUUUAUGGAACUUUGUGCGCUUUCUUCCUUACUUCUUCGGGUUGCUUCUUCUGGGUGUCAUUAAAGGAAUCAUUUUCUUCCCAUUUGUAUGCCUUAUCAUGACAAUCGGAAACUCAGCUAUCAUAUUGGGACUUUUGCCAGUACAUGUUUUCUGGACUUACUAUUCCAUUCUGAGAGCUAAACAACUAGGCCCAGUUCUGAAGCUUUUUAUCUGCAUAUGCAUGCCGGUUUUCUUCAUUGUAUGGCUGGUGGUUGGCAUUGUUGGAAGUAUCAUAAUGGGAGGACUAUAUGGCUUUCUUUCGCCAAUAUUUGCCACUUUUGAUGCUGUUGGAGAAGGGAAAAACAAUAAUUGGUUCCACUGUUUUUAUGAUGGAACUUGGAGCACAGUAAAAGGAAGCUUCACUGUGGUCAGAGAUUUUCGAGAUGUUUGCUUCCAUUCAUACUUUUCAGUCAUGGAUGACCUGCAGCAGAAAAAGGCAGAUGUAAAAUAUUAUGAGAUAAGAUUGCUUGAUAUUCCAGGUGCUACCAUAGCUGGAGUGCUUGGUGUGCUGGUUGAUUUUCCAGUGAUCUCAGUUAUUGCCAUAUGCAAAAGCCCCUAUAUGCUCUUUAAGGGCUGGCAUAGAUUAUUUCAUGAUCUUAUAGGUCGAGAAGGUCCUUUUUUAGAGACUAUAUGUGUACCAUUUGCUGGCCUUGCCAUUCUUCUCUGGCCAUUGGCUGUUGUUGGGGCAGUUUUGGGCUCCAUUCUGGCCACCAUCUUCCUUGGUGCUUAUGCUGGGGUGGUUGUUUAUAAGGAGUCCUCUUUUUGGUUUGGUCUCUGCUAUAUUGUUGCUUCCUUGUCCAUUUAUGAUGAGUACAGCAAUGACAUUCUUGGCAUGCCUGAAGGAUCCUGCUUUCCUAGGCCCCGGUACCAAACGACAGAGCUGUCACCGACCAAUUCUCUCAGGACUUCUUUCACUGAGUCUGACUCUUCUCAAAAUCCUUCAUUCAAGCCGACUGAAUUUAAGCCAUUUGAGUUUCUUGAGGGCUUAUUAAAGGAGUGUAAACGCCAUGGGGAAAUCAUGAUCCUUGAAGGACUAAUAACUGGUAAAGAUAUUGAAGAUGCCAAAUCUAAUACUGGUAGUAGAGUGGUUAGCAUUGGCUUGCCUGCCUAUUGCCUUUUUAAGAAGCUUGUGCACUCUGCAAAACACAGUUCAUCUGGAAUAUUGUUAGCUGAUGAUAGUGCUGAGAUAACUACAACAAAUAGACCAAAAGAUGCCUUCUUUGAUUGGUUUCUUAACCCCUUUUUGAUAAUGAAGGAUCAGAUUAGAGCAAAAAACCUUUCAGAUGAAGAAGAGGACUACUUAGGCAAAUUAGUUUUAUUGUGUGGUGAUCUUGCAAGGUUGAAAAAUUCAAAUGGUUACUCACCACCUGAAUCUGAACAUAAACGAGCUGAACUUGAUGCAUUGGCUAGAAGACUGUUGGGACUCACCAAUUCUAUCUCAAGAUAUCCAACUUAUCGGCGUCAUUUUGAUAAUCUCAUAAAGACCCUAUCGGAAGAUCUGGCCAAGAAGAAUGGCGACAGUAAAUCAGCUGAUGGAGCUCAGAAAAUACAAAGAUCCAAAAGUGCACUUGCCCGGAUCCAGAAAUCAUUUAAAAGGAUAAUAAGCAUCAAUGGAUCUGAUCAAGAGUCAACAGCAGUUGUUAGGGAUGUCAGCAUUGCAUGAUGGAGAUGCUACUGUUAUGUCAAUUGCGUUCUCAUCCUUGUAUUCUUGUUGCUGUGCACAUAUGUAGAAUAAUACAUUUCUUAGCACUGGGGAGAACACAAAUGCAUUCAAUGAAUGAAAUGUAACAAGUUCCCCCACCUCUGUUAAAAUUGCUUUCUCUAUGUACAGCUUCUGGCAUUACACAUUGCCGUGACUGUAAAUUAACAUUUUUUGAGCCAUUUAUACCAACACAAGUUGACAAAUAAAUUAGCUAUGUAUUGUUCUGGCUUGUUUCCAGACUCUGUUUUACAUUCCAA